AUGGUUACUGCCUCAAAGCCUCUAACCAUCACAGAGGCUAUCGAUUUGAGUGUUACACUUACUGAAGAAGCUCUUCGUAUGGGAAAGUUUUCGGGAUCUGAGACAAACAAGAAAGAAACUCAUGUGGAGUCUUCGGGCAAUAACAAAAGAAAGUCUUCGAACCUAAAGAUAGGCACCCAAGUUAGUUAUGAGAGCUCUAAAGCAAAUAAAAGAAGGGAAUUGGACCCGCCCCAUGGCAUGCAAGCUUAUGGAGCCACCAAUAAGGCCGGUGGUAAGGUUUACUUGGGGACUAAGCCGAUAUGUAAUGAGUGUAAGUUCCACCAUGAAGGUCGAUGUCUGAGAACUAAGUGUGAUAGGUGUGGAAAAGAAGGACACAGCAAGGACGCCUGUUGGGCGAAGUAUCCCAAACAAGGAGGAAAUGAUGGCGGCAACCAAGACGAAAACGAUAAUGGUAGAGUUCCAGGUUGCUUCAAAUGUGGGGACGUGGGGCACUUUAGGAAAGAUUGCCCUAGGAAGAACCAAGCGAGGAAGGGUCUUCACGAUCGGAGCUCGUGA